AUGCGAGGGCGACAGAAGCCACUACCUGUCCAAGGUAUCCACAGAGACGCAGAAUUUAAAGCGGUGGAAAAGGACGGGGAGAUCCUGUUCUGCGAGGUGUCCGAUGACUUCCCAAGCGAUGCAGACAGCCCAGGAGCCACGAUCGCUGAUACAUUUCAAGAGACUGCGUUCGCCCAUCCAUCGCGGCUAACCUCCAGCGAGCAGGAUCUCCUGCGCCAGGCGCUACUGGGUCGCAUUCUCCAUAUGGGAUUCCGAAGCGGGGUCUUCCACGUUGAAGCGCGUGUCAGGUACUCAGUCAUGAAAUAUGUGGAGGAGAAUGGAACACUGGACUUGCACUACAACAUGACGAGGGAUGAGAAGCAAGGGCCAAAGCCAAGUGCAAAACAAAUUCAAUUCAUGUGCCGACAUAUCUUGUCGUAG